CAAUGUCUGACGUCACAGAACGGUAAGUUCGCUGUCAAACACAGUCAUAACAGAGAGUCGAAGAAGGAGCAAGUAGAAAAUGUGGGUGUUUGGCUACGGGUCUCUCAUAUGGAAGGUAGAUUUCCCAUAUGAGACGAAAGUAGUUGGAUUUAUAAAAGGAUUCGCGAGGCGGUUUUGGCAAGGGAGCGAAGACCACCGCGGAGUGCCAGGCAAGCCAGGUCGUGUUGUGACUCUCGUUCCGUCCAGUGAUGCCGAGGAGGUGGUGUGGGGUGUUGCAUACAAGAUCCACAAGUCGGACGUAGAGAAGGUGAUCUCACACCUCAACUUCCGUGAGAAGGGUGGGUACGAGCAAACCAUCGUGACCUUCCAUCCCCAGGCUUGUACGAUGGCUGCAUUCCAGCUCACGCUGUACAUCGGCAACAACAACAACCCCUUUUACCUGGGCCCCGCCCCGCUGGAAGACAUCGCUCAUCAGAUCUACCACUCUGUCGGCCCGAGCGGGAAGAACGUGGACUACCUUCUCAACCUGGCCACAGCGAUCCGCCAACUGGCACCAGAGGCUGCAGACCAGCAUAUAUUCGACUUGGAAGGCGCCGUCAAACGGCUUUCAUCACAGAGUAAAGUGUUGUGAUGUUAGAACAAAUACUGAAAACUAGUGAAUGAAAUAUGGAUGAUUUGUGAUCCUGCUGUUGGCCAUCUUGAAAUAUGUACAUGUAAAUAGGAUUGUAAUUUUGUUUUUUCUUGAAUCUCCAUCCGUCUCCGUUUCCCCCAUUCUUACAAAUGAUGUGACGUGAGAAGCAGCUUGAGAUGUGGAGAUUGUUACAGAUGUGUUUUGCUCAGUUCAGCCACUUCCUGCUUGCCUUGUGUCAAGGGCUGUUCAGACAAAACCUCACACUGCAA